UUAAUAUAUAUUCAGUUAUUGUUCAUAAAAAUUAAAAAAAAAUUAUAUCUUACUUUUAUCUAUUUUAUAAUCAUAAUCAAUCAUGUUAAAAUUUUAUAAUUAACUAAAUAUGAUAAAUUGUAUUAAACUGAUAAAUUUAUAAACUUUAUUUUCCUAAAUAUAACUUUUUUAUGUUAACAAAUCUAAUAUGAUGGUAGAACGACUUAACAUUAGCAAAAUGUAUAAUACAUGUAUAAAAAUUAAGAUAUCUUAGACUUUUGUAUAUACAAUAAUAUAUUAUGUAAAAUUAAUAAACAUAAAAAAAUUGCUAAAAAGAAAUCUAGUUUUGAAGGACGGGUAAGAAUUUAACAUAAAUUAAAUAUAAAAUAUUUUUAAAUAUGUUUUUUCAUGCACAUAUUAUUUUGUUGAAUAACUAAAUGCAAAUACAAUAAGACAAAUAUACAACAAAAAACAACAAAUACAUGUGAUGGUUUUAAUCAAUUGGUUAUUUACAAUAUGUAAACUAUAAAUUGUUGUAUUUGAAAUAGUUACAUAAACAUUUAAAUAUAUGUUUUAAAUUAAAAAAUAUAUCACUAAUGAUCUAAAAUAAAUAUAUAUGCAUGUAAAAUUGAAAAUAACAUCCGUGCGGUUGCACAGAUCAAUAUCUAUGUAGUAUUUAAAACGGUUUAAUUAAUUUGGAAGUGAUAUAUUCAAAUCAAUAUGUGAAGAUCAACUUUUAUAUUAAUGAAUAGUAUAUUAAAAGAAUAUAUGAAGAUGGUGUCACAAAUGUUAAUACAAAUCAAUAAUAAUUUAGAAAUCACGUCAUAUCUUACAAAAUAUUGUAAAAAUCUUAAUAAAGAAGCAACUUACUUAUAUUACACGAGUAUGAAUGAUGACCAAAGAACGACGAUGAAUAAUGCAUUUCCUAACAUUCUUAAAAAAAAUUAUCAUUCACAAGAAAUACGUUUUCUUUCUCAUUCCCUACUAUUUUUUUUCUAUAAAGAAAUAAAAAACAAAAUUAUUUCUUGCUAAAUAUGGGAUGCAACAAUCAUUCUUUUUUAUUCCUCUAAUUUGUUCAUCUACGUUCUUUUUUAUUCGUUCCUCUUGUUUACAGAAUGGUCACCUCUGAAAACAAUUUUUUAGUAGAAAAAAAUAAUAUAUAUUUACUUAUAUCACGUGGAAUCCUCAUUUUCGAUUUCUAACUCUAAUAAUAUAUAUUUCUAAGAUUUUACUCUUUUUUAAAUGUUGUAAAUGUGGAUUUAUUUGUUAUAUAAAAUAAAUUGAAAGACUUAUAAAUUGAAAAUAAAAGAAUAUUCCAAAAAAUAUUUUUUAAAUAGAUAUAUUAAUAUUCAUAAAAUAUUAAAUAAUUUAAUUUAAUCAACCAAUCAUUAAAUUUAUCUUUUAUAAAUUAAGAAAUCAAAUAUAGAUAUGCAAGUACAAGUCAAAAUCUAGUUAAAAGCUUAAAAUAGAUUAAACAUUAUUUAAUCAAGUGGAAAAGCACGCGGCAACAUCUCUAGGUAUGAUGAGUAAACCCAACCCAACCUUUUACCACAAUAAUAUCUGAAGCGUUAGCAGUCGCUCUCUAUCUGUUCUUCUGAUGAGAGACGACGAACAAUAAAAUAAACACAUUCGUCCAAUUUACUCUGUAGAACACUAAAGAUAUGAGUGGUACCGUGCGUGAACCCGUCUUCGCUGAGAAGUCAGAAGAAGAAAAAGUGUUGAUUUCGCUGGACAUUGAAGACGACAAGUUAUUUCUCUUACAUUUCAUCAUAGGAAAUUACUUCGGACCAGAUUUACAUGACGAUGAUGGGAACAAGAGAAAGCAAUCAGCAUUUCAGAUUCAAGCGUCCUCGAAUCUCCCAACAAAAGAGGAGCUAAGUGCUUCACUAAUGAAACGAGCUGAGCUAGAACGUGUGUAUUACUACGUUCUCCGCAACGCAGAUCCAUCGUUAGUCUUUAAUCGGAAAGUCCUAAGCCGAUACUUUAACGAAAAACGCAAAGCUUCUAAUGUGGAUUUCCCUCUUUUCAGAGAUCUCUAUCCCUUAAAACUGCAUCCUGAAUCUCGUAUUAGGAAUCAGUAUAAGCUUAUCAAGAGCAUUGUGUUUAUCAACGAUCCAGAUACUUCUUGUAUGAGAGAAGACUGUGUUGACCGGUUUAAGCUGCUCACGGGAUUGCAGAGCUUUACUUUGAGCCUUAACAUUGAUGUAACUGAGGUUGAUGAUGAGCCCUUGGAAACGUUGGGCACUUGUUUGGAAGGAGGACCUGGUAACCAUGAUGAAUCAGAACCGACCCUUGAAGUAAAUGGGGUAAUAAUAGCUGAUGCUCAGGCUGAACAGAUGAUGGGACUAAUGGAUAUUGGCGAAUGUGCUGACGCUUAUCUCUUCCGUGUAUCGCUUCCUGGUGUGAAAAGAGAUGAAAGACAUUUUAGCUGUGAAGUAGAAGACAAUGGAAGAGUACUAGUUAGAGGAGUUACUACAACAGGAGAGAAGCAAGUUCAUCGUUAUUCUCAGGUGUUUAAGAUGAAGACGCAUAACCUUUGCCCACCCGGUCACUUUUCUGUCUCAUUUCACCUCCCUGGUCCUGUCCAUCCGCAGGAGUUUACCGGCAGCUUUGGAACAGAUGGGAUAUUUGAAGGGACUGUAAUGAAGAAGUUGCAGAACCAAACUGUGUAACCCUGAUAGCUGUAGGAAUCAUCACUUUUUGGUUUUGGCUUAUGGCUUAGUUAUGUACUGGUGGCUUUUUGUAAGUUUAAUUAGUCUAUGCAACCGUUAAAUUGCCUGGAUACAGAUAAACCAAACCUAGUAAACGAUAAAUAUGUCCAUAGGUCAACAAACAUAAAUUUCCUGACUACAAGAAACUUGUUUUUCUGA